AUGGCAUACGAGCAGCGUGAGCUCCUAGAGCGGCUCAUGGGCAAAGACGCCCUUAUACUGCCGCAGGUGCGCCGCAAGGAGGUGGAAAUCACUUCGCCUAAAGUUUGCAAGGCAUUUCUUGUUGGAACAUGCCCUUACGAUCUUUUCGAUGGAACCAAGUUGAACAUUGGCAAGUGCCCGAAUUUGCAUUCCGAAAAACACAAGCUAGAGUACGAGUACCGUGUGAAGAAGCUGGGGGAGAAGUUCCCCGAGUUCGAGUUUGAGUAUUUCAAGACAUUGAAGAAAUGGCUUGCAGAGAUUGACUUCACCAUCACCACAGCAUUGAAAAGACUAGAACACACCCCUGAAGAAAAACAGAAAAUUGCCACCGUGACGCGUCAGCUAGAUGCUGCUGAUGUGAAAAUCGGCCUCAUGGCGCUGGAAAUCACCCAUUUGGGCCGUGCAAAGGAAAUCACCAUGGCUCUCAAACAAACCAUAGCUUUGGAAAAGCUCCUACGAGAAAGAGAGUCCUUGGCAGAACAGGCGAGAGUGAUUGCAGAAAACGUGGGCCAAUCAGCACAGCAGAAGCUCCAGGUUUGUGAAGUUUGCGGUGCUUACUUGUCCCGACUCGAUAAUGAUAGACGAUUGGCAGACCACUUUGUGGGCAAAAUCCACUUGGGUACAAUGAAAUGA